AUGACUUCUGCACCUGCUUCCUCUAUUUGUUCCCCAAAACGACGUCAAACUGCGUUUCUGCACCGUGCCGCAUUUUUCGGUGCGCAGUUCCUAUUGGCGGUUGAGGAAGCGAACGCAGAAAUGGUGGUGCUGAACGUGGGUCAUCAGCAGCACAACAAAAAUGCUGUGAGCAAGAAGAAGAAGCUCGGGACAACUCAGAACAAGAAGUCCAAGCACCUGAAGAACCAAGUGGGACAUGACACUGCUUCGAAAGUGGCCGCCGCGUAUCCAAGAAAAAAACUGUGUUUGUGUAACUUUCUUUGGCUGACGGCAUCACAAAUUCGCUCUACAUGACAGAGAAAACCUGUCAUGCGUGGCUUGUAAGUGACUAUACACACGAAAUAAAGAGGACUGCGUGGCUGUCUGGCAUGACAGGCGUAAGUCUGUUGCAUGUUCUGCAUCACAGAUUUACACUUACGCAGGUUUUUUCUUGCAUACCACUUCGAAAAAAGCGAUCAACGCGAGUUCGUACUGCAGCAAAGAAUAUCCUGUGCAAAAGUAUCGUACUCGUAGCAUUCAAUCACAAUCGCAGUCGUGCAUUACAAAUCUCCAUCCCAAGGCAAAACAGCAUGCUGAGCUGAUUUGUAUUGCAGCAAUGAGUACUAAGUAGUACGAUACUUUUGCAGUUGAUAAAGAAGAAGGCGGAGACCCGGAUCCCAGCUAUUGCAUUCGGGAUAAGAAAGUGCACCCUGGAGAAAAUUUUGUAGGGCGUCAAGACGCGUUCUCGGAAUGCGUUUUGACAACCGACGUAUCAAAUGUAAAAAUGUCUGGGUCUGGAAGAAUGCGAACUUGUGAUGCGUGUUGCGGAUAAUACAAAAAUCUGUGUUGCAUGACUUGCAAAAGGUCCCCAUUUCUCGCCAUGCUCAGAGGGCAUUUCUCAUGCAUAAUGGGCAUCACCAAGGGGCUGCAGAACCUGUGAUGCUAGGCCCUGCAUUCCAGACUUGGUGGAGCUUGGAAAAACUGCAUGGCAAAUCUCGAAAUCUUCCAGGCCCAGACAUUUUUACAUUUGAUACGACGUUGACACGGACGACCCUGCGAAGAUCAUGGAGCUCCGACUGGACUAUUGCCCGGACGAGGACGGUAUGACGUGCACAUGUGUCUGGGUCUGGACGAAAGGUUGAAUCUGUAUUGCGUGUCUCGCAUUCCUGAAAAAUAUGUAUUGCAUAAGCAGCAAAAGCGCCACACUUUCGUCAUGCAAAGUCGCAGCGUGUAUUGCCAAUGCGUGCUGAGCUGCAUGAGAAGGCGUUUGAAAAAUGUGUGAUGCUUCACUGCAUUUAGAGGCGUACUCAAUCAUGACCAUUCAGCAUUUUUACAAGUUUCCAGACCCAGCAGACAUGUUUGUAAUCCAUAGACGGCUGCAAGAGAACUUCCGCGGCCUGCGGUGACGAUCUCUCCACACCCGAUUCUCCUGACGCGACCUCUCCCAAUGCAAAUUCUACGACCUCUCCCUCGGCGACCUCUCCCAAUUCUACGACCACCGCGGCUGGGUGUUGCUAAGUCCAAUUUACAAAUUGAAAUGUUUCCGCAUCUUCCGCGCCGCCCCCAUUCAGAGACAGUGAGCGCGUAGCCCGCGGCGCAAGCGCAACGAGUACAGAUCAGGAUUUUUCAUAGUUUCUCCUUCUGCAAACGCAACAAGAAAACGAGGAUGACCCCAUUGAGUACUGCGAAAGAAAAUAAAAAUGCAGCAUUUUUCACAUUUUCGCUCAUUAACCUACGAAUGCCACACGACCGUCAUGAUUGUCCUGAAGAACCACCCGUGCAGGGGGUGUCUCGUGAAAGUAGCACCUGCGCGACUAUGCUCGCAUGAUUGAAGAAGUUCUGGAAUGAAAAA